GCGAGAUGCCUCAGAUGUCGAAAUUCUAAUUUUUUUGUCCAUCUCUGAGCUCAGAUUGUUCAUUAUAGGAACAGUAAUUCGUCAUUGAUUUCGAGAAAGAUAUAGUCAGACAUCGAACAAGUCAUUCAUUUUGAUCGUCAUGAAAACAUAUCAAUGAUGACCACUGUCAGGUUUAAAUUCCCAAACUCUCAACAACUGAAAAGAAUAGUGAGAGGUCACUGGGGAAAGAUACUGGCAUUUUGUUCAGCACUAGUUGUCUUAGCAGGUGUAUUUGUUUUGAUUGCAGUCCAGAACGAAGAUUUUGUGAUAUAUGCCAGGUCUUUCUUCCAAUCCUUUGACUACCAGAGACUUGUUGAAGAGUACAGUGAUGAAUCUACAUUGUAUGUGGAUACAACAAAAGCAGAUGAGUUAUACAAGAAAGUGAGAAUCCUGUGUUUUGUGAUCACUACUUCAAGCAAACUUAGUAAAGCUGUACCGGUUGUGAAUGCCACCUGGGGAAGACGCUGUAAUAAAGUUUUGUUUGUACUGUGUCCAGUGAAAGAUACAGAUCAGCUGUUCCUAAACACGUGUCAUAUCAGGGAAGGUUCAAGCCAUCUCAUGGCUAAAGUUAGACAUGCUUUCAAAGUUUCCUAUGAUAAAUACCUUAACGACUAUGACUGGUUCCUGAAAGCAGAUGAUGACACAUAUUUAGUGAUUGAGAAUCUCAGAUAUGUUUUGUCUCACCAUGACCCCAAUGACCCUGGUUACCUAGGUUACCAUUUCCAGAAGUUCAUGUAUCAAGGCUAUGCAUCUGGUGGGGCAGGGUAUGUCAUCAGUCGAAAGGGACUCAAACAGCUUGUGGAAAAGGGAUUUAAUAUGGAGGAAGAAAGAUGUAAAACAGAUGGAGAGAUAGAGGAUAAAUUCAUUGGACAAUGUUUAGAGGCCAGUGGGGUACCAGUUUUGAGUUCAGUGGAUAAGUUUGAGAGACAGACAUUCCACACAGAUAAGAUUUGGCAGCAUGUAUGGGGAACAUUCCCUAAGUACCUGGUGGCAUAUUCCAGAGAUCCUGUUAAAGAUGGUAGUAAUUGCUGUAGCCAGUUCUUGAUCAGUUUUCACCACGUUGACCCCGGGGCCAUGAUAUUUGUCCAUCAGUUGCUGUAUAGGACCAGUGUCUAUGGACGAAAUCUCCCAGAUGACAUUCCCAGUAAUCUCUUUCCUGGGAAGCCUGUUCCCUCCCAAAAAGUCAUUGAUGAUGAAAUUUGAUGAACGUCCUUUAAAAAGGAAAAUGGAUUCUGAAAGUCCAUCCAAAAGUUGCAUUGUUAUAUUUAUGACUUGUGAAAUCAUUUACUGUUUCAUUUUAGUUUAAAACUUGAUGGCAAAUUAUGACUUUCAUAGGCUGGUGCUCUCUUUUAGUGUUCUAUAUAACCCUACCUCACUGUAUAUGUUAUGGUCAAUUUAUCAGACUUACACCAAGUCUGUGCCUUCCACAGCAUUCCACUUAUGAAGUCUAACUUCACACAGCUAGCUAAUAACUAAUUGUUUACAGCUAGCUAUUCACUGUUAGCUAUACUCAGCAAUUUAUACUCAACUAUGAGUGCACAGCUAGCAAUAAACAGCUAGGCACAUACAGUCAAACCUCAUUAUCUCAAACUUGAUGGGACUGAGAACAAUUUUCAAGAUAUCCAAGGAUUCAAGUUAUUGAGGGUAAAGUACUUAAAGAAUAAGUGGUUGGGACUUCCAAAUCACUUUGACAUAUCCAUGGUACCGGUAUUUGAGAUAUCAAUGUUUCAGAUGACGAAGUUGAACUGUACAUCUACAUGUAGCCAUACACAUCUAGCACUGCACUGCACAGGUAGCAAUAUACAGAUAGCUACAUGUAUAUAUAAGUGACUGUUUGCAGCUAGCAAUAUACAGCUAGUUUAAUGCAGAUAACUAUACACAGCUUUGAAGUAUUGAUGGAUAACUAGUCAAAAUGUGAUGGAAAAAAAAAAAAAGGAAAGUCGUACAGAUCUGUCCAAUGGCAUACUGUUGCAUUGUUAUAUUUAUGAAUACAUGUAUCUGUAAAUAUUUACAUUUCCAAUGUCUUUGUCCGAGAUAAAAUUACAAAUUGUAAAAAUACUUCAUUUCUACAUAAAUCUACUGGUUCAUCGAUAGGCGCGGUUAAAAAAAAUCAUGUGCGGGGCGGGACAAAUAGAGACAGAAGCGGGGCUAUUAGCUCGGGAAUUUGCAGAAUCAGGAGCAUGUAAAUAUAAGGAAUAACUGUCAGAUUUUUUGGAUUCAUGACGAUGAUCAAUCGAUUGGC